AGUUGAAUCCGUUAUCGCCAUGCCGCCUAAAGCAAGUGGAAAAGCCGUGAAAAAGUCUGGUAAGGCCCAGAAAAACAUCACUAAGAGUGACAAGAAAGGACGCAAGAAGAAGAGGAAGGAAAGUUACGCCAUUUACAUCUACAAAGUCUUGAAACAAGUUCAUCCUGACACUGGAGUCUCCAGCAAGGCGAUGAGCAUCAUGAACAGUUUUGUGAACGACAUCUUCGAGCGUAUCGCUGCUGAAGCUUCAAGACUUGCGCACUACAACAAGCGGUCAACCAUCACCUCCCGGGAGAUUCAGACUGCAGUCCGUCUUCUGUUACCCGGUGAAUUGGCCAAGCACGCCGUCAGUGAAGGCACCAAAGCUGUCACUAAAUACACAAGCUCCAAGUAAAAAUCCUCAAUCCUCUAUAAACCAAACGGCCCUUUUCAGGGCCACCAAAUUUUUUAAAACGUAUAUUACUGUCAAGUAUAAUUAUACUUUAAUUAAUUUUUUUAUUUAAUUACUGUCAUUACUUAUAAGUUAAUUGUUGCUCAUAAACUUGAACCUCAUGUCCUAACCCUGUCAUGACUCAUAAAUUUUUUGAGUAUUAGGUCCAAUUCUCAUUGCGUCUAUCAAUAC